CAUCAGGCACAAAAUAAACAUUGUUCACUGGUAUCUCUUUUGGCUAUUGCACAAUAUACUUCAAAAUCACGUUAUAGUGAUGAAUUUGAUUCACGGCGGUGUGAUUAUACUGAGUGCAGUAGUAUUUUUAUUUUAUAAACUUUCCAAGCAGCGAAAUUCUUCAUUACCAAAUAGCCAAUUGCUACGACCACCCAACCCGGAGACGCCACAGCCACCAUCAUUUUCGCCACUACACGAGUAUGAAAAUGGAGCGGUCUGCGCGGACAGCAUUGUGUGCAGCAGAAUUGGAAGAGAUAUUUUACAAAAAUCGAGAGGCACAGCGGUCGAUGCUGCAAUUGCGACGCUUUUCUGCAACGGCUUGUUGUCUAUGCAAAGUAUGGGCCUCGGCGGCGGAGUACUCCUGAACAUCUAUUCCAGUAGCGAGCAACGUAGUUACAGCAUAUUGAGUAGAGAGCGUGCGCCACAACACUUUCAGAUGUCGACGGAUAAUGUGAGUACGAUUUUUCAAUCCGCUCUCGGCAUUGCUGUACCUGCCGAAAUCGCCGGUUAUGCGGUGGCUCAUCAACGUUUUGGCAAACUUCCUUGGCGUCAACUGUUGGAGCCCACAAUUGCAUUAUGCCGUCAAGGUUAUAUGAUCACUAAGCAUCAGCGCGAUUCAGUGUAUUUAAACGAAAAGCUUCUCAAAGAGAAUCCGGUACUGAAGAAAAUGUUCGUAGACCCAAAUACUGGGAAGGUUUAUAGGACGGGAGCACACAUACGUCCACCUGAUGUGCUGUGUCGCACUUUUGAAUCGCUGGCACGAGAUGGACCUAUGGACUUUUAUAACGGUGCUUUGAUGGAAAAAAUUACAAAAGAUUUGCGCGAUUUAGGCAGCCCCAUCGGAGAUUUGGAUAUGAGAAAUUUGACGGCGGACCUCACGUUGUCACCCAACGUAACAUUAGGGGCGAAUACAUUACACUUCACCCCACCACCCGGUAGUGGUUAUAUCGUUGGUUUUGUAAUGAAAAUUUUAGAAACAUUUAGUAAGAAGUUUGCAAAAGCUAAAGACAUCGAUGCAAACGGUUUGCAUGAAAUUGUGGAAGCACUCAAGUUUGGUUUUGUGGAACGUUGGAAGCUGGAUAUGGGUGUCACCGAAGAGGAACUAACAAAUCUCACAAAGUCAACGUAUGCUCGUCAUCUGGCUUAUUUGAUAGACACCGAGCGUACCUUCCGCGAUGCCACGAGUUAUGGCGCUAGUGAUCCACUUGUCACGCGUGUAGAACAUGGUACUGCUCAUAUAUCGGUAAUAGCACCGAACGGAGACGCGGUAUCUGCUACAAGUUCCAUCAACUUUUAUUUCGGUAGCGGAAAAAUCGGCACACGCACUGGUGUACUCUUCAAUAAUGCCAUGUCGGACUUCACCAUUGACGGUCUACACAAUUAUUUCGAUCUACCGAAUAUGCAACAAAAGAAUCGUAUAAAACCCGGCGCUUCCCCCAUGUCUUCCAUGAGCCCCAUUAUAGUUUCGGACCAGAACGGUGCAGUGCGUUUGGUGACAGGUGCAGCUGGUGGCACCAAAAUUAUAUCGGUUUUGGUGCACAUUUUGGUUCGUAUACUUUGGUUGGAGCAGAAUAUUAAACAGGCUAUUGACGCACCACGCUUCCAUCAUCAACUGGAACCGAAUGUACUCGAAUAUGAGUACGGGAUAUUGCAGAGCGUAGUCAAAUCUUUAGAGGCUAAGGGCCAUAAGACUUUGCGUUAUAGGGAACGUGGAUCAGCAGUUUGUGGCAUUGAAAAAGUUGGAAGUAAAAUAUAUGGAAAUGCUGAUUAUCGGAAGGACGGCGAUGUCAGCGGUUUCUAGGGCGAAUGUUAUGGCAAAACUUUCAAAAUUUGUUUCGUAAAAAUGUGAUAGUAGCAGAGAGCAUAGCAUUAUCAAAGCAAUGAUGAUGUUAUAGUAUUAAAACAUAAUAUAAUUCUUCAAAAUAAAAGUGAACUGAAGGCCAAAUCUCAGAUUACCGGAUUACUGGAUUGUGAUAUUUGAUUAGGAAACCCAGUUAUAUCAUCUUAUUCAAUUUCAAUAUUAUAUAAUGCUUGAAUAAGAUUUCAUGCCUCCA